AUGUGGCAGCGAGCCAGCGAGGCUUCCUGGGCUUGCCGCUUGGAAUCUCUGCUGGGCCUGCUGCUGCGAGUGGCACAGACGCCCUCGGGAGCUGCUCUGCUAGUGGAGCAGAGGGUCUUCGUCCUGCUGGCCUACUGCCCUUUGCUUCGGCACUUUGUUCUGAACACAGAUUCGCCCUACAUGGUGCCAUCGAACACCUUUGACAGUGCGUCCUUGGUGUCGGAGCGGCAGUGGGUCACUUGGCGGCGGCCCGCGCACAGCGCCUGGUGCCGUGUUCUGCUUUUGGUGGCUACCAUUCUGGCCUCUGGUGCCACUUCGGAAGAAGCCGAGGUGUUUUUGCAGGUCUACAACAAGCGGUUCUGCUUCGUCUUCCAGACAUCACUACAAAGUGGACACAUGGCUGUUCUCGAGGAAGCAUCCCUCAUGGGCCGCGUGCUGGCAUUCCUGUGCCAGCGCUCCGCUGUGGCGCGGAGCCUGGCGGCGGAGGCCGCCGCACAGGCCAUGGUCUUUGUCAUGAACAGCUGCCUCACCGAAAGAUCAAGACCCUCUGAGGUGUUUCUUCCCCGCUCGGGCGAGGAGCGCCUGGCAGCGCAGGUGCCGGAAAUGGCAGUGAGUGAGAUCCCGGCGCAGGCACCUUCGAUUUUUCAUCAACGCGUGGAGUACCUAGGCUUGGAGCUGCUGAGGAACCUCUUGCUUGCCCUCCUGCGUAUCUCGUCCCUGCCGCAAUGGCUGAGUUUGGCGCAGGCGGCGACAAAGGUCACCGAGAUCAACCCCGCCCAGGGCUGGCCCACGGCCUACCAGAGCGUCUUCGGGCUCAAGGAUGCGGGAGGCACUGCUGCUCUGAAUGCAGCAGAAUCAGACCCUGUACGCCUUUGGGCAGUGCUCAUGGACGUGACCAUGGAGACUGGGAAGAAAGCCGCAGAGUACUUGGAGACCUUGAACGGCCAGCGCCAGGAGAUGCAUCGGCUGACCAUUGCAAAUUCUGCAAUGGAAGCAGAUGCAGGCGAUGCUUGGCUGCCGCUGUCUCUGGCACUGGUCGGCAUCGGAGAGCUGGGCGCUCCCGACGGUCCUGCCAGCCCAGGCUUUGCGUCGCCACAGGCUGCACCUGGGCAAACGCCUCUGGCCACGGCUUGGUCACCGACGCUGCCGCCGGUGACCGAACCAAGGACAAGCAACCGCGUUCGGGCCCUGCGCUACAAGUUUGCGGCGCGACGGCCAAAUGCAACGCUUGGCAGCCAGCUAUGCACAGCAACACCCGAGGGUGUGACACUGCGGGAGCUCAAGAAGCUCGCCAGCAGUGUCCUGGAGCUCUCAAGCAUGCUGCUUUGCCGCUUCUGCCAGGUGACGCAGUCCAGCAUGCUUUCGGCAGCCCCGCGGGCAUCGGCGGGGCCUGGGGGUGCCAUCCUCCAUAGCCUCCUGAGCUUCCUGCACGACGUUCUUUCCCUGUCGGAGUCAGGUGCGGCCCCGCUCGAGGCGGAGACGGCCACCUUCCUGUCCGCACUGAGGGCCCGGGCGGAGCAGAACCUGGGCACGGAGGCAGGGUCGGUCCGUCGGCGGUGCCGGUUCCGAGGGCAUUGCUUGACUGCAACCAGCUUGGAGCUUGCGCAGGAUUUGCGGACGGAGGAGCUCUCGUACCUCUCCCUGGGCACAUCCAAGCCCAUCUUUCAGGAGGCUUUUGUCAAGGACGACAGCAGCACGAGGAGAAAGCGUCACCAGCGAGUGGGCAAAGAGCGAGGAUACCUGGUAAGAGUGGAAGGAGAUGACCAAGCACGUGUGGUCUCCUGGUUCAAGGCAGCUUGCAAGACCCUGAUGGCUGACGAGGUUGUGUCCAAAGUUGACGUCCGCGAAGCCACCAAUGCGAAAAAGCACAGGAAGCAGAGCCGGAUUAGCUUGCGAGCCAACGAAUGCCGCGUGGAGACAGUCGCCAGGUGCCACCAUGGUGUUUGCGGACCUGGCUUCGAGGUGCGCGUGUCGUCGAACGACGCACACCAGAGGAUCAACUUGUUCACCAAUCACCAGGUGCUCCCGCCUGCGCGGUGGCAUCAGCUGCUCUCCGAGGCGCUCCAGCGUGCCUAUGGCCGGGUCUUCUUGGCUCAGGCCGAUGGCGAGAACACAGGGGAAGCCCCAGAGGUGCUGCUCCAAGGCCAUUUGGACCCGCAGCUUCAGGAGGAGGAGGCUUGGCUCAGUGCCUUGCUGGGCACGGAGGCGAGUGAGCCGCGGAAACGCUGGGGAGACUAUGAUUUGGACGACAAAGAGGUGGAGGAGGAGAUGGACGACGGGACGGCGGCGGAGAAGGAAGAGCUGCCGGAGGAAAAGCCGAAGCCAACGCUCGAGAAGGAGGAGGAUGUGGAGCAGCCAGCAAUGAAGGCAGAGCCAGAGCCGCUAGACACCGGGCCAGUGGCACAGGCGCCGUUGCCGCGCAGGCGACGCAGCGCAAGACGCCGGAAGGUGCGCUUUGGACCCGGCCCGGAGCGCUGCGAAGUUAGCCCGAAGCCGGCAGCCAGGGCUGCAGCAUCUACGAGAGUAUCGCUUCCCAUCGUGGACAUCGAUGACGUGACCCGUGUGCCUUGGGAGGAGCUGGGGUGCUCUAGACCACCGUGGCCGAGGCCACCAGACCCAGAAGAAGCUGAUGGCAAGCCAGGGUGGAGCAGCUGGUGGGAUGGCCGUGACUGGAACCAGGGCUGGAGCCAGUGGCCGAGCUCGGGGAGCACUUCGUGGUGGGAUGCGAACAACAGCUGGUCGUCCAGCCCAAACUGGACGGCCUGA